AUGGUGUCAGAGCCUAUUAAUAAUAAUAAUAACAGUACAGAUGUUUAUACAAAUGUAAUACAAGGGAAAGUAUUAUUGACUGGUAAUCAAUUACCGAAAAUAAUUUGGAAUCAAAUUAAAAUUCUUGUUAUAUCGAAUAAAAAUGAAUUUGAUAUUGAACGUGAUCUGUUAGUAACAGAAACUUUACCAAAAUUACAACAAUAUUUUUUAACACAAGGUAUUUAUGUUUAUUUUAUUGAUUGUAAUUUAAAUUGGGAUUUUGAUAUAUCAAAAAAUCCAUAUCAUAUAUUACGUUAUAUGAAAGAAAUACAAAAUGCUUAUGAAACAUCAACUGGACUUUUUUUAUUAAAUUUUAUUGGUAAUAAAUAUGGACAAAUUGUUUUACCAAUUGAAUUAUCAACUACAGAUUUUAAUAAUAUUAAAAAUUCAGCAGCUGAUUUAGGCAAAGAUGUUAAACCACUUGAACGAUGGUAUGUAUUAGAUGAUAAACUGUCACCAUCGAUUUAUAAAUUAAAAGAUCCUGAUGAAAAUUCUACAAAUGUUUCAUCACGAUCAUUAUCAACAUAUGAUUUAAAUACACAUGAAAAUCUUGAAUGGAAUGAAGCUUAUAUAACUUUAGUUGAUUUAUUUCUAAGUGUUCAAUAUGAAAAAUCGAAUGUUAAAUCAAUGUAUGAUAUUCCAUUACUCUCGAGUGUAGAAAUGUUAUUUAAUUAUUCAACAAAAUUAUCUUCAUCUGGUUGUAUGUGUGUUUUAAGGCAAUUUGAUGGUUUAAAUGAAAAGAGUAAGGGUAAUGAAUAUUUUAUUGAUACACUUGCUGGUGGACGUUUAGAUAAAAUACGUCAAGAAAAAUUAAAACGUUUUCGUGAAUCUGUUGUUAAUAAAUUUUCAAAUAAUGAUAAUAAUGAUUUAAAAAAUGAUGAUAAUCGAACAAUACUAAAUAUUCCAUGGAAAGAUAAUGGAGAUUUUCAGUCGAAUGAUUCGGAUUAUCAACGAUAUUUACGUACAUUAAAUGCUUCGAUAUUUCUUCGUAUUAAAUCAUUAUAUGAACGUUCAAUUGAUUUAUCAAUAUUACAUCAUUUAAAACCAUCUCAACAAAUUUUAUAUAAUGAAAAUCUUAUGCAUUUAACAUAUUAUACAAAAACUUUGACAAAUACAUGUCUUGGUUUAGAACAUUUUAUUGAGAAUAAUUAUUCAUUUAAACAAUGGUUAACAUUAGCUAAUACAACUGAACAUUAUCCAUAUAUGAUAUUUGGUAGUCGUGCAUCAGGAAAAACUUUAUUAUCAACAAAAAUAGUUCAAUAUCUUAUAAAUACAUUAGGAAAAAAUGUACAAUGUAUAAUAAGAUAUGUUAAUUUAACAUCAAAAUCACGUCAACUUAGUGAAAUAUUUUCAUCAAUAUGUACACAAAUGGGUUUAUUACAAAAUGCCUCAGUAGGAAAUAUUGAUCAACAAACUAAUCGUAUUGAAUAUUAUCAAACUAUUUUAAAAAAUUUAUCAAAAAAUCAAAAACCAUUUAUAUUAAUGAUUGAUGGAAUUGAAGAUAUAACAUUACAAAGUCAACAUAUAUCAUGUAAUACAUUUUAUCAAACAUUACUUCAAUUACUUCCACCAAAAGUAUACGUGAUAUUAUCUGUUGGUCGAAGUAUUCAUUCAUCAUCUUCAUAUGAAAUUCCAAUACGUGAAAUGAUUGAAAAAAUUGAAAAAGAAAAUUGUUUAAUUGAAUUACCAUUUACAAGUGAAACAAUAAAUUUAUCUGAUUUAACAUUAUUUAUAAAAUCUGAAUUAAAUUUAAUUCAACGACAUAUAACAGAUUCAGUUAUACAAACAUUAUCAAAAUCUAUCUAUCAACAAUUAGAUAAACAAUCACAAAUGUUUUAUAUUCUUCGACUUAUUUUAAAUGAAAGUUAUUUAGAUUAUUUAUCAUUAGAAAAAAAGAAAGUUGCUUCGAUAGAUUUUAAUCUUGAUAAUAUACUUAAUAAUUAUAUUGAUCAUUGUGAACAAAAAUUUGGUUCAAAAAUAUGUUCAUUUAUAUUUAAUUAUAUUAGUUCAUCUCAAUCAGCAAUCAGUGAAAUUGAAUUACUUGAUAUAUUAUCAUGUAAUAAUGAAUUUUUUCUGGAAUAUUAUUCAAAAGAUUUACCAAAGUAUUUACGUUUUCCACCAUCAUUAUGGAUUGCUAUUAAAUAUAUGUUAGGUCCACUGUUAACAGAAAGAUAUUUUGAUUUAAAAGUUGUUAUAUGCUGGAGUCAUUCAUUUAUUCGACGACAUAUGAAACAGAAAUAUUUAAAAAGAGUUGAAGAUAUUCGUAUUGCACAUCGAGAUAUAGCAAAUUAUUUUCUUGAAGCUUUUAUUGAAUCAAAACCAUUGAUUGAUAUGAAUCGAAACGUUCAAAUUAGAGGUGAUAAUGGUCGUCGUUUUAUUUUACAACAACCACUUCUAUAUUCUGAAGUAGCAUAUAAUUAUCGACGACUUAGUGAAUUAUGGUAUCAAUUAAUGCAUUCUGGUGAUAUUGAUCGUUUAAAAGAAUACACAUUAUGUUGUUUUGAAUAUUUAUUAUCAAAAAUUCAUGGUCUAUCUAUUGAACAAUUGCUUUGGGAAUUUGAUAUAAUCUGUAGUAAUAUACUUGAUGCUGAUAUACUUCUUGUACAAGCUACAUUAAAAACUAUAACAAAUAUUAUAUCUUCUAAUCCAAUGUUACUUGCAGGAGAAAUUAUUUUACGAUUAAAAAAUAUUAAAAGUCGUUAUAAUGAACAUAUUGAAUCUUUAUAUGUUCAAGCACAUGAAUGGUGUGAAUCAUGUAAUACACCUGUAUUUGUACCACUUUCAUCAUGGAUAUCAACAAUUCCACCAAUGACAAUAACAAUUUUACCAUGUAAUGAUUAUGUUUAUAAAAUAACUCCAACAACAUUUAAUCAACAUGUUUUUUGUGCAACACGACAAAAUGAAAUUGCAAUGUAUCAUAUACCAUCAAAAAAACUUGUCAAAAAAUUUACUAGUCAUGCAGGAUUAAUAACAUCAAUUAAAUUAACAUAUAAUAGCAAAUAUUUAGUAUCAGCAUCAUUAGAUCGAACUAUUAAAUUAUUUAAUCUUAAUUCGGGUGAUUUAGAAAAUACUUAUAAUGUUCAUCAAGAUGAUAUACUUUGUAUGACUGUUUCACAUAAUAAUGAACAUAUUGUAACUGGUUCACGUGAUCGAUUAAUUAUUGUACUUCGUCUUGAAACAGGUGAAAUCGAACAUUCAAUUGAACAACAUACAGAUGCUGUUACUGGAAUUGCUCUUACACAAGAUGAUAGUAUUUUAAUUUCAGGAUCACGUGAUCAAACAAUAAAACGAUGGACUUUUCGUGGAAUGCAAUUACUUGAUAUUAUUGAUACAAUUGGAUCGCCUAUUAAGCAUAUGAUUAUUUCAGCUGAUGAUACAUUUAUUAUCAUUGCUUGUGAUGAUACAUCAGUUCAAGUAAAAUCACUUGUAACUGGUAGUGAUAUUCAUCGACUUGAAGGACAUACAUCAGAAGUAACAAGUCUUUCAAUAUCACAAGAUUCAAUAUGUUGCUAUGUGGGUUGUGUUAAUACAUAUGUUUAUGUUUAUAAUUUUCGUUCACGUCUUCUACUUCGAACAUUAACACAUCAUGAUUCACCUGUAACUGAUCUAUAUGUAUCUGCAGAUGAUUGUUUUCUAUUUUCAGCAGCCGAAAAUGCAAUACAUGUAUUAAAUGUUAAACAACAAUUUAAUGGUUUUCCUAAUGAUGAUCCAUUAUCAACACAAAAUUCUAUAACGUCAUUAUCGAUUUCACGUGAAGGUGAUGUUGCUAUCGCUGGUUGUGCAGCUGGAAUUGUCCGAUUAUAUAAUUUAAUUGAUGGAGAACUUACAGAACAAAUUGUUGAACAUCGUGCACCUGUAACACAAGUUGCACUUUCACAUUCAUAUCUAUUUUCAUUAUCUGGUUCAAAAGAUACAACUGUUAAAGUCUAUGAUAAUGAAAUGGGAGAAAUUGUUACCGAAUUUACUGAACAUUCCGCUUCAAUAUCACAUUUACGUAUAUUAGAAGAUAAUCGAAAGAUUUUAUCAAGUGAUGAACAAAAUUACAUCAAAACAUGGUGGGCCAAUACGGGUGAAUUGAUUGAUUCAUAUAAUGUCCCAUGUAAAAUGCUUGGUGUAUCUCCCGAUGGAAAAUAUGUUGUAUCAGGAAAUGCUGAUAAUAUUUUAAAAAUUUGGUCAUUGGAUGAUGCACGUGUUGUCCGUUCAAUUGAUCAUACAGAAGGAAAAAUUACGUGUAUAGCUUUUAGAUCUGAUUCACAGUAUUUGAUCACAGGUGGUGAAGAUUGUAGUUGUAAAUUAUGGGAAUUAUCAUCGGGAAAAUUAACACAAGUUUUGGUUGAACAUGAACAAUCAAUUACAGCUGUUGCUAUAAGUGAAGAUGGAAAACAUGUUUUAACCGGUGACAAAGAUGGUCAAGCAAUACUAUGGUCAUUUGUAGACGGUGCUGUUGUACAUAAACUUCUUAGACAUAAAACUGCCAUUGUUUUUGUUUCAUUAACUACUGAUGGCAAUAUUGCGAUUACAGCUUCCCAAGAUGGUCUUCUUUCAGUUUGGUCUACUAUAACAGGCACUUAUAUAGCAACGUUUUAUUUCAAUCAUACUCUCGUUAAAUUAAAUGUUUCACAGAGUGGAAUUCGUUUUGCGGCAAUUCUACAAAAUACACCAUGUGUUGCUAUGCUUAGCCUUUUUAAUAUAUCAUCAAGUGAUGCAGGUAAAAUGGCACAACGUCAUAGUCAGAUGUUUUCUGAUACAUCCAAUACUAUAUUACCAAUUAAACCAAAACCGUUACUUUAUCCGAAAGAUGCAAGUAUGUUAACAGAUUCACGACAUAAUUCAAAAACUGAUCAAGUAGUUGUUGAGCCAAUACUUGUAAGUUGA